CUACUUUCAGGACAUACUUAUCAACACUGGCGGGGACGAGACGGGGGAGCCUCAAUACAGAACUCGCCAAUAUGGAGUCUAUCAAGGGGCCCAAACUGCUCAAGCAGGCUGAAAAAGUUCUGCUACGGCCAAUCCACCCGCAUCUGCUAUCCUACUGCCCCACGAUGGAUUUGAUCGCGGUGGUGACGGACGAGGAAAACUUGGACGUCUACAGAAUCAACGGGCAGCGAGCUUUUGGCCUCAAGAGGAAGAAGAAGAAUGUUACGGUGGAUUCUAUCUGCUGGGAGUUCAAUGGCCAGGCUCUUGCCGUUGCUUGGAGUGAUGGCCUCACGGAUAUCCUUUCUGCGGAGACGGGGAAGGUGAUCCAUCCGAAUGUACCUGCGCCGCCGGUUGGGGAGGAGGCUCCUAGGAUCAGGUGUAUUGGUUGGGGACUGAAUUUUAUCAAUGUUGAGUCGGUGAAGAGGAGGACGGGUUUGCGACAACAGAAGGGAGAUCCGAAGGGCAGACCAACUGUGACGUUUGCGGCAGAGACGACGGACGAUUGGGACACCCAUCGAGACGACACGACGAUUGAAGAUUUCCUGCAGAGACAACCAGAUCUGCAAAAACUGGAUAUCGACCCUGACCUACCGGACCAGUUGGCCAUGAUGGAUAUGGAGGCAUUGCUUCCUAGACUGCCAGCCAUCCCGCUCCCGCCUGCUAACCCCUUCAUGCGGGCUGGAGCGCAAGCAGAUGCUGGCGGAUUCAGCUCACAGGCACAAGUGGAUUCACUAUUGCACUCGCAGCACCUCAAAGAUCAUAAUUCAGUCGAUAUGCUUAUCCGCUGUACCGAUUCCGGCACCGUCCACCCCUCCAUCUACGACUCCCUGGAAACAAUAAACAUCCAGCUCCCCUCCAGCUGGUCCCUCAAAAGCAGCAAAGCCCUUCUCCACGCCUCUCACCCCUACAGCAACAGUCACGUGCUCCUCACGGAAAUCGUAACUGAUACCAGCGACACCAGACUCGCCUUCGUUCCACUGACACUCGGCUUCAUCCCCUCGGCAGGUAUCUACCUCCACAUCAUCUCCUCGAAAGCCUCCCAAUUGCAAAAUCUCCUGCUGUAUAUCCAGCAGACGCUCUCACGGAUCCAAACAUGGUGGCAGCACUCCAUGGACCUCCCCUCGAAAUUCAUGCGCAACAUCUCCGAGACGCUGCAGGGGAAAGGCCAAGGCACCCUCGUGGAGAACUUCUACCAUUCCGUCUGCACCGGACACUGGUAUCCCGUUGUUCGCGAAUGGCUCCUGGAUGAAUUGGGAGAGGCCGGAUGGAAGCGCUGGGAUACCACGGUAAAAUCAUCCCUCACCACGGUGAUCCAGCUCCUCCAGGAGAAUUUCCUGCCAGCGCUAGAUCGCUGCAGCAUCAUUCUCUCGCGCCUCCGCGGCUUAGCUCGCUACCACGAUACCGACAGCUCAGGCGACGUCGUAGGUUCUGAAUCGAGUUCGGACGGUGGGUGGAUUUUUAACACCCCGGUCCGAGACUUCACCUCGCUCCUCGAGCAGAUCCAGAACUUGCGGUUUCUAGGGCAUACGGCGAUGAAGUACGCUACCGAGGAGAAACGCGGGUGGUACUACAUGUCUCGGUGGCUGCGGUAUGCGAUUGAGAUUGAAGGCAUGGAGCCGGGGAGUCAGACGAGGAUGGAGUGGGAUAAUAAGGAUCCCGCGAUUGAUGUGGAAAUGGUGUUGGAGUAUAUCCAAUUUUCGCUCCAGAGGAGCGAUUUAGAGCCGCUGCUGAAGGGGGCGGGGACGCUGGAUGAGGAGGUCCAAAAGAGGGGGAUGACUGGGUAUGAAGAGACGGUCAAGGCGGUAGAGGGGAUCAGGCAGGGGGCAGGGUUCGGGGCGCAGAGUGUGUGUAUGGAGUUUGUUUUGGGAGGAGUGAAAGAGGGGUGUAAAGCGUUGUUGGGGGGAAUAAGUAAGUGGCAGAGGAGCAACGUGAGUAUGGAUUGUGGGAUUGUGCUGGAGGAUGUGGGGGACGACGGGAAUGAGGGCGCGGUGAUGGAUAUGCGCAUGGUGUUUGAACUCGCCAAUGAUCCCGCCAACACUGCUCGCUCAUCCGCUGCUACAACCGCACAGUCCAUCCGCAAUCUCACGAACGGUCUAUCCUCACUAACGCUCUCCAAGCCUACGCACUCGCCAUCCUCGCAAACCGACUCUUCCGAACCCCCAGACGCGAUAACAACGUAUAUCCUCCACCACCAACCCUCCUCCUCGACCACUUCCAAUCAACCCCACCCACCACGACCACAACUCCACAUCCACCGCCUCGCCCACUCCCCAAGCAUAACCUCCCUCCCCGCCUCCGUCCACACCUACGCCAUCUCCACCCUCGAAUUCCCCACCGAACCAACUGUCAGCUGCCGAAUCCUCGACGCCAAAUUCGCAGACGAUGUCGCGCUGCUCGUGUUACUCGAACUCAGCAAAGAAGACAAGAAAAAGUACCUCAUUUUAUCUCUGCCGUAUACGCCUACGACGGCGGCGUUGCAAGCGCCGGGUCAGAAGCCGCAAGUGAUACACUAUUCGCCGCAGCUUUGUAAUCCGUCCAACAACCACUCUUCUGGCGAUGAUGCGCUAAGGCAGCACGUUCUGCCCCACGGUACACCACUUCCUCCCUCCUCGCCUUGCCGUACUACCAUCGCCGUAUCAUGGGAGGAUAUUCAAGCGCAUACGCGGCACGUUUUCUCCCCCGGAGGCGGGAACGACGGUGGUGAGCAAGCUGAAGCUGAAGCUGAAGCUGAAGCUGAAGCAGGCAGAGAAAGAGGAGGAGGAGUAGAAGAUGAUUCUUUUGUCCCCAUGAAGAUGGAAGUUAAUGGGCGGCAGGGGAGGAGAGUGGUGCUUGUGUUGGCGGAGGGCGGGAGGGGAUGGAGGGUGCUGGAUCUAGAUUUUCUGGAGGGGGAGGCGGAGGUAGGCGAGAAGAAGGGGGUAGGAAGGUAG